UGAAGACCGUCUAUUUUAUCUCUCCGGCCGCCGCCUCCGUCUGCGCCUACCUCUUUUCCCAUUCUCGCUGGAACCCUUUCGCCGUCGUCGCACGAGAUCCUACGGGUGGCGUCCGCAUCCGCUAUUAGACCUCCUCAGUCAUUGUGGAAUCAGUCCUCUCUUCCUUGUGGAUAAGUAUAGCCCGGCUUGUAUGAUUCCCCAAUUCGUUUAUUAGAUUAGACCGUGCAAGCUAGAGCUCGAGGUAUAUACGGUCCGAGGAUAUGGAUAAAUUGUUUCAAUUUGGAAGAAAGGCUUGGUUUCUGGUGAGAGUCCUCUCAGGGUAUGAAGAAAGAAGAAUCCGAGCAUAUAGAUUGCACCUCCAAAAGCGAAUCGAGCAGGCGCAAGCUAGGAAGGCAGAUCUGAGAACAAUUCCAGAGCAGGUCAUCCUGUCAGAAGUUCGGCGCAUGGUUGAGCAGAUGCAAGCACUCAAUCGUCAGCUGGUAGAAACUGAAGCCGCGAUAGAAGAGUACUUCAAACCAAUUGACAAGAGUGCGGAGAUCAUCAUGAAUAUGCAACUUCAGAAAGACGAAAAGCAAGCCAAAGAAAUGUUGAAGGUAAUGCAGGAGCAGGCGAUGAUACAGAGAGAAAUGGAACAGAAGAAACUCGAAGUCAACAGUACUAAUGUCAGCCAACCUGCACCAGAAAAGGAAUCUAUGCCUUCAAACCAAGAACAUCUCAAGUAAUCCUCUACCAUUUUCAGCACAAACUGUGGCUUAAAUCAGUGGCACGUUUGCUGUUGCUGAUUUGGUUGAUCAAUAAUACGUUAAUGGCUGUGUGAGAAACUGCACACAGCCAUACAACAUUUGAUGUCGUUGUAUCAAUUUUGGCUGUUGCUGAGCAGUAAGUAGCAUGUCCAAAAAAAAGUUGUCGACCCUUGUGAGCAAUUGGAAGAACGAGGAAAUCUGAUCUCUAAAAGAA